AUGAUGCCAAUACUAAAGAGAGGAAAGAACAAGUCAAAAGCUUCCAGCUACCGCCCUAUAAGCCUAACAAGCAGUUGCUGUAAACUGAUAGAACGUAUAAUCAACAAGCGCAUGCAAGUCUAUUUAGAAUCGGAGAAGAUCAUUGGACAUGAACAAGCAGGCUUUAGACAAUACAAAGGUACAGAAGACCAGACAACACAUCUAGCACAGGUUAUUGAAGAUGCCUUCCAAGCCAAAAAAGUAACACUUGCUGUAUUCAUAGAUCUACAAAAAGCCUUUGAUAAAGUAUGGAAAGAUGGACUACUAGUAAAAUUGCUCAGAUCUGGAAUCGGUGGUAGAAUGUACAAAUGGAUCAAAUCAUAUUUGAACAACAGAAAAGCCAGAGUUUUGGUUGAUGGACAGUGUGGGAAAAAAGUCCUUCUACGACAAGGGGUUCCACAGGGAGGAGUACUCCCGCCGACCCUUUUUAUCCUCUAUAUGAACGAUCUUGUUCAACAGCUACCAAAAGGUGUACGCACAGCCCUUUAUGCAGACGAUCUUGUUCUCUGGUGCUCAGAGGAAUAUACAACCACAGCAAAAUACAGAAUACAAACUGCUUUAGACAGGGUAGUGACAUGGGCUGAGCAAUGGUGUGUUACAAUCAACAGGGAAAAAACAACUGGAACUCUGUUCUCACUCUCCCAGAAAAACCAAUCUGUACAGCUUAAUCUGGGCAGCACAUCACUAGAGAUUGAAGACCAACAAACAUAUCUUGGAGUAACCUUUGAUAAAAGAAUGACAUGGAAGCAGCAUAUAACAUCAGCUGAAGCAAAAGCAAGAAGAAAACUAAUCAUCAUGAGGAAAUUGGCAGGAACAAAUUGGGGUGCCAAUGAAAAAAUAUUAAAAUCAGUUUACCAGGGGAAUGUUCGUCCACAUCUCGAAUAUGGAUCUACCUCAUGGAUGACAGCAGCAAAAACCCACCUACAGACCUUAGACAAAGUACAGAACCAGGCACUACGAAUCAUCACAGGUGCCAUGAAGUCAACCCCAAUACAUAGUAUGGAGGAGAUAACAAACAUAACUCUGCUAAGUAAGAGAAGGGAGUGCAAUGCAAUGUUACAAGCCGCAAAAUACUGCUGUACUGAAGAUCACCCAAUGAAUAAUAGACUAACGCAACUCUCAUCAGGCAGACUGAAAAGAUCAAGUUUUGUAUUAGAGACAAGAGCUUUACAAAGAGAACAUCAUGAAUCGCUACCAAAGCAAGUCAAACCUAUAGCCUUUUCUGUAAAUGACUACCCUACUGAAGAUAAACUGAGAAAUGUCAGCAUUCAGACAUCAGUACCAAACAUCACAUCCAAAGAUGAACAAUCUGAUAUUGUAAAGAAAACUCACACUAUGACCAUGCUAAAAGAACAGUACCCCUCUGAAUUUUGGAUAAGAGUAUUCACGGACGGAUCAGCCACAAAUGCAAUAAAAAACGGAGGGGCUGGUAUAUACAUCCAAUAUCCAAAUGGAGAGCGACAAUCUGAAGCAAUACCAACAGGCUUGCAUUGUUCCAACUAUAAAGCUGAAGAAAAAGCCAUCAGUCAUGCUGCACAUACCAUCACAGACAAAGUCAAUAUCACAACUCCAGUUGUUUUCCUUACAGAUGCUCUGUCUGUAUUACAGGGAUUGACAAACAACAAGCUACCAUCAAUAGAACAGGCGCUAUUUAACAUUCAAAGUCGCAUAACAGUGCUACAAUGGAUCCCUUCGCACUGUGGAGUCUAUGGUAAUGAACAAGCUGACAUUCUCGCAAAACAAGGUGCCGGACAACAACAGGAGGAAAACCCAGUCUGCCUUGCAGAGAUGAAAACCAUAAUAAAAUCUCUGUACACAAAAUCCAACCAUCAAGACAGUUACCACCAUCUGUCGAGACCUGAACAAACUGUCAUAUUCAGACUGAGGACAGGACACAACAGACUAAACAAACAUCUGAACAGAGUGAUGAAAGUGGUACCAUCCUCAAUGUGUCCCUGUGGUGAGGCAGAACAAGAUACAACACAUAUUCUACAGACAUGCAAGAACCAUCAGGCAUUGAGACAAAGGAUAUGGCCAUUACCAACAACCAUCCAGGAAAAGCUAUUUGGAACAGUGGAGGACUUACGGAAGACCACCAGAUUCGUAGAGGAAGCAGAAAUCCAAGUGUAG